AUGGCUCCUAUAAGAAUCAUAUUGUCUAUCCAGCGUAGGGGAAAACCGAUCGAGAAGCUCCCCAUGGAAGUUCAAGUGGCAUCUAAUGCCUCCACGGCCGAACUCUACCACUCUCUGGCUGAAGCAUCGACUCUCUCCGUCCACCGUCUGAGAAUUACUAAUAAACGCGAUCAAACAUUAAUUCCAAACUCUAAGGAGAUCACCAUCGAAGGGACCGGGCUUAAGGACAAAAGUCCGGCCCAUGUGAAGGAUCUGGGUCCCCAGAUUUCAUGGCGCACUGUGUUUGUCGCCGAAUACCUCGGCCCAGCGCUGAUGCCAACUCUCUUUCUCUUCUCACUGCGCCCAUAUUUGUACUACAACUUCGACACUAUUCCCGAACCGACCAACGUCCAAUACCUUGUCUGUGCACUGUUGACUAUCCAUUUCUUGAAACGUGAGCUUGAGUCCAUCUUUGUCCACCGAUUUGGGAAUGCAACGAUGCCGCUACGUAACAUUUUCAGAAACACUGGCUACUACUGGGUCAUGGCCGGCUUUAAUAUUCCCUACUGGGUUCUCAGGCCCGAUGCAGCCGCAGGAAGGCGGCCUAAUUCUCUUCUCCUAUAUACUGGUAUCACACUUUUCGCAUUUGGAGAGCUGGCAAACUUGAACACCCACUUGAUACUGCGAGAUCUCCGUCGGAUAGGAACAACCGAGCGUGGUAUCCCAUCUGGCUUCGGAUUCAGCGUUGUGACUUGUCCCAACUACUUCUUCGAGAUUGUUGCUUGGUUUGGCAUGUAUAUUGUCAGUGGGAUGAGCUGGAGUAUUCUAUUCCCAACGAUUAUUGGGGGUGCGCAAAUGGCUAUCUGGGCAAGGAAGAAAGAGAGUCGCUACCGCAAGGAAUUCGGUGACACUUACAAAGGCAAGAAGUUUUUCAUGAUCCCUGGUAUCAUCUAA